AGCAUUGCCUUGCAAGCGGUGUUUUUCGGGAUGCUGAGGACUACAGCUCCCAGAAUGCACUGGGCUUUAUCCACCGUUGCCAUGGUUCCAUGACAACAAUAUACCAGCUCCCAGCCCUUGGAAUAGCCGGCGCUAGGGACCAAUGUGACGGUCCUCCCCACGGCUGGGGUUUGGAGUCCUGUUCGGGCCCCCUGGUGAUGGCGAACGGGGAGCUGGACGAGGAGAGCCUGCAGGACCUGUACAGCUGGGUGGACGCCAUCCCUCUGUCCCGGCCCAAGAAGAACAUCACCCGGGACUUCAGCGAUGGAGUUCUGGCAGCGGAAGUGGUGAAAUUUUACUUUCCCAAAAUGGUGGAAAUGCACAACUACGUCCCGGCCAACUCGACCCAGCAGAAGCUGUCCAACUGGGCUCACCUCAACAGGAAGGUGCUGGCCAGGCUGAACUUCAGCAUCCCCGAGGACGUGGUGCGGAAGGUGGUGCAGUGCGUGCCUGGAGCUGUGGAGCUGGUGCUGGUUCCCCUGCGGCAGCGGAUCGAGGAGAAGCAGAGGAAAAGCAAGGACCUGGCCUGGCGCUCAGCCCUGGAUGAGAACUCCUCCCCGGAGACAGGGUAUUUAUCCAAGCCAAAGGCCAAUGCAGCAGGGAUCUACCAAGAGUCCUCGAGAGCGGAGAGGACAGCCAAGGCCCAGCCAGGCUAUGCCCAGGCCUUGCAAGGGGACCCCAGAGCUCACCUCCAGCUGGCAGAGAGGGAGCAGGCCCUGCUGGUGGCCCAGGAAACAGUCCAGAUCCUGCAGAUGAAGGUGCGGCGGCUGGAGCAGCUGGUUCACUUGAAGGACAUUCGCAUCGACGACCUCACGCGGCGGCUGCAGCAGAAGGAGCAGAAGUGAGGGGCCCCGUGGCCUUCCCGUCCCCUCUCGGCCACAGACCGGGCCUCUGGGACCCCUCUUGAAUGCGUGCGUGUGUGUGCGUGUAUCCGAGCAAGCACCCCCGGCCUCAGGACACCUCCUCUCUCUCAGCUUUACCUAUCUGUGCAAUGGGCGCAGUGACUGCCUCACGGGGCGGGUGAGACUGGCCCAGCUCGGGGGGUGGAGGGGGUGGAAGGGAUUGGAAUUUGAAUCCUUACCCAGGGCUCCCGGCUGCUUACCAUGCAAUCUGCAAGGCUGAGCGGGGGAAACUGAGGCCCAGAUCUCGGAGGCACAAAAUGCAGCUGGGGAGGCAGGCCCAGGCGCUCUCCUGCAGUUUGUGCGUGCAAAGGCCUUGAUCGUGCCAACGCUCCUGUGAUUGCAACGAUGGAGACACAUCUACAACCAGUCACCUUGGCAUUUACUAUGCAGGGGAGCCACGGGACACAGGCCUUUCUCUGUCGCUGCCCGUUCAUUCAGAGAGACUGCAGGCGGCAUCACCCCUGGACCUGGUGCUACGUUUCCGGCAGGCAAACCUCACCCAUUUGGCAGCUUGUAAACUAACUCAUUGCUCCAGCAAUAAAAUAUCUG